AUGGCGUAUGUCUUGGAGGAUGAAAACGAAGUGAUGCUGAUGGAAGCCCCCUCUGAGCCAACGGGGGAGGCGGCUGGAAGCAAGCAGGAGGUCCCGGCGGUCUCUCCUGUGACAUCUCCAACCAAGCAAGAGCUGGUCGCUCAAGAACCGGCAUCGGCGCCAUCAGCGAGAGGCUCGGAUGAACAAAAGUUGGAAUCUGAGUCACCUGCAAAGGAUUCUGACAUGCUGACAUGCAGAGUCUGCGUGCAAAGGCUGUGCAGGAAGUGUUUUCCCAAGAAGAACCAGUGCGUUUGUUUAGAGUGCAGACGGGCUGACGAAGCAGCAGCCAAACAAGUGAAAGGAACAGAGAAGGAGGCACAGUUCAAGAGCAUCAAGGAGAAGGGUGGCCCCGAAUAUCAGAAACUCAUCCUAGAGUUUCGCAAGCAAUGCCCAGCAGCUGGUAGAGGCAAAGUUCGCGCAACGUUUGACUUCACCACGUACUUCAAAACCGUGGAGCACUACAACGACGUCAACAACAAAGCGCAUUGCAGGUAUAUGACAGAAGUCCACUACUUGGCUUGGGCACAAACGGCAGAGGGCGGCAGCUACAAUGCCGUCGAGGCGAAAGACAAGUGGGACGCCAUGUUCGCGGACCCUCUGCACAACCGUGACAAGAACGGCAAGGACAGAUCCGAUCGACUGCUCAUCCACAUGUACGACGACGUCGUUGGCUCCUCCGGCACCAAGAGCACCCGCGGGUACACUGUGUCAGGCAAGACCAUGAAGAAUGCUCGACCCGACCAGCUCGAAGCGAUGGAUUCACUCAUCGCGAGCGGCCACGACGGCUUCAAUUCAAGCGUCUUCGAAGCUGCAGGCGGCGCCGGGCUUCAACUUAGUCUGAAGACAGGCAACGGGUCCAAGCUGCAGAAGGGCGGUGUUCACUCUCAGCAGGCGUUGGCUGUGCAAGACAAGCCCGCUGCCAACAACGCUGAGGAGACUGAUGAUGCUGACUCAAAGAAGAAGAAGCGGAAGGUGGACAUGCAAGCCUUGCGUGUGACUCAGCACGACAAGCUGGUCCGAGAGGAAGAUACUUUGAUCGUUGAAAGCAGAGAGUGCGCUUCGAAGCUCUACGAUGCCUUGAAGACUGUCACGGCCGAGGACGAGGAGCAGUACAAGUUGUAUGUCGACAUGAUCAAAACGAGGAAGGAUGCAGUGGAAGUCUGGGCUAUGUUGGAUGUCGACUCUGCCAACUGCACCGAGGCAGAAGCCGAGUCUGCCGUGGCUACUUUCAGGGCCUACCAGGAGCAAGCCAAGGCGAAUGGACUUCUCCCAUGCCCAGAGUUUGAGCAUCUCGUUUGUCGGUUGCAGUUGUUCCUGGAUGCCAAGACCCUGACUGACGAGGCCGACAGCCAGGAAGCAAUGCGGCAGGUCUUGAAGACGUUUGGAGAGAACAAAACCCUUGUCAAGAAUCUAUUUUCGUGUGCGAACAGAGCCGUCAAGGAUUUGGCCUCUGCACGAAAAGCGAGGCAAAAGACGUGCGAUGCCCGAGUGCGUAAGGAAGUCGCGCAGGCCGCAGCCAAGGCGAAAGCCAAAGCCAAAGCUGAGAGUGCCACUUCUGCCAAGCCAAAAGGCGCACAGCCAGAGCCCGUAGCAGAGGCAGUGCCCGCAAUCUUCAAGUUCGUCCGCUAUGCAACGUGCGAUGAGGCUGUCUCCAAGUUGAAAGCAACUGCAGCUGCCUACAUGACAUCAGGGGCCUUUGCGAGGGAUGGCCUGAACACCCUGAAGCCUUACAUCGUUGAAGGCUGCGCGGACCUAGAUGACUUCGUGAAGAAAGAUGAGAUGGCGUCGUCCCGCUUCAAUUUCUUCCUGCGCACUUUCCAGACCUCGUCCCAGCGAACAGGUUCUGGACGAGGAACAAUGAGCCUACCGGAGAUGCAAAACCUUAUGGAUGCCUUGCACAACUAUGCCCCGGGCCAGACCAUCGAUCCCAAGCAGCAGGCGAUCAGCGACAAGGAGAUGUGUGCACUGCUUACAACUGUUGGUGCGUAUGCCUUCUCUGAGAACAUGCGUUACUGCGGAACGGAGUUCAAGCAGGCUUCCACCUUGAGGUACCAAGUAGAUGGUACACGGCGCUUUGCAGCUGCAGCUUUCACGGCACUUCAAGCCAAGCUGGCCGAGAUGCUGGCGGACGGUGGGGACAAUGACAGUGGGGGUGCAACGGCGGCGGAAGGUGUCGGUGUUGUUGGCAAGAUGAAGGAGCUUGGCAUCAACAAUGCCGAGCAAGUGACCUUAGACGCUCUUGCCAAGAUUCUGCCCAGUGCAACGGAGGAUGAAUCUGAUCAGCUACUCUCCAUUUGCUGUGUCGCAGAGUCUAGACCCAAAUCCAUCACGUUCAUGCCUGCCGGGUUCGUGCUGUUGGAUGCAACAGUGGGCGUGGAGAAGGUCACGGGCUUCCGUGUUGCACUAAUGGUGGCAGCUGAGCACGAGUUGCAGAUCAAGGACAUGGCUGCCAUCGCAAAGGUCUUCACUGUCCAGGGUCGGGAUGCAACGCUGAUGAACAGAAUGGUUCAGAUGCUUGAGUGCAAGCAAUCCCUUUGCACACUUGCCACCGGAGGCAUGACGAAGCAAGAAGAUCGCGACGGUGAUGAGGAUGAUCGUGUUAAUCGUGCAACAGUUGUACAAGGAGUGCCGUCACCAUCACCAACUGCAAAGGUUCCACCCGCCCCAGCCAUGGAACAUGCCAAGGAUGCCGAGAAUGCCGAGGCGCUUAAUGCCGCGUUGAAGCAGAUCGACGAGAUGGAUGAGCAAGAGGCGGAGCUCAAACGCAAACGGGAAGCAUCGGACAAGUGGGCACGGGCUUCAGAAGCUCGGCGCGCGAAGCAGCAGAAGCCUGAUGACGGCGGCGUGGAAGAGGCUGCCGCCGCUGCUCUGACACCUGCAACGCCGGCUUCGACGACUGAAGUGCCGAACCUGCCCGAUGAGUCACUCGCUCAGGCGACAAGGCCAGAGGCGACUCCACCGCCCCAGACUUCGCCAUUGUCGACGACAUUGACAACUGCAUCUGCCGGAGAAGAAUCAGCUGGAGAAGUUGAUGCGCCGGCAAAGCGAUUGAGACUAUCAGCGACGGAUGCUCCUUCAGGCGCCAUGACCGAUAAUGGCAAGAAGCUUAUUGAAGCCAUGGCUCAACAGAAGCAGAAGGCAAAGGCAAGUGCUACACCGCCCACGACUACGACUACGACUGCAGCCAAGGCGAAGGCCCAGGCUAAGGUCUUGGUGACACACUAUUCUGGCUACGAUGCUCCAGGCAUCGCUUUCUCUUUCGUGGAGCAUUACCUCAAGAAGGCAGGAUGGCUGCGAAGUGGUGCCAGGUGUGUGCUGCCGUUGCAUGCGUGCGACUAUGCCCCGUUAGCUCAGCAAGCCUUGCUGUCUCUACCGGAACCGCUGAAGUAUGAGCACAUUUUCUGCGACAUGUUGGACCGGGUGCCGGAUGCAAUGGAUGCUGCUUGCUCGGCGGCAUCUGAGCAAGCCGCAGCCAAGAUGCAUCCAACUUCGAAGAAGGUGUCCUCGAAAGCCCAACGCGAGAGUGCAAGUGCACUCGGCCGUGAGCUCAUUCAGGAGCUGAUGGAUUGCAUGCGCGAUGUCAAGUUUGAGGAAGCCUCAAGCUUCUGUUUGCGUCACAAAGCUGAUUGCCCAAUCCCUGGUUUGAAGAAGUACGCGGACAAGGGGAUGCUCACGGUAGCAAUAGCAGGUUUGGAUUGGUCGUGCAUGGGAAGCAAGAGCGGGCUGCUUGGAUCAGGAAUUCAAGCCAAUGUCCUGUGGGUGCAAGAACGUCGGCAGAUGCAAGAGAAUCUGCUAUUCAUUGAGUGCACGUCCCACUUCGAUGAGGAGGCGUCUGCAACAGCUCAUCUUUCUGAUUUGUACACCUUUCAAUCUAUCAUCCUCGGCCCAGACGAUUUCGGUUUGCCGUGCACUCGUCAGCGCAAGUUCUGCGUCGGAGUCUUGAGGCAGUGGGGAUACAUGGAUAAACCUUUGUCUCGCAUCGGUCAGCUCUUCAGGAUCAGGAGGCUUUGUGGAGAUGUGUAUUUGCAAGCGCCAGAUGCAGAGGUGCAGCAGCAUCAUGCCGAGAGGGCAGUUGAACGUGGAUUCCAAGCCUCCGCCGUCGAUCACCUGUCACCUUCCCAGUUGCUGCCGCCUGCGAUGCUGGUCCGCCACGAUGCCUACCAAGCUCAAAAGCAAAAACUGGGGUAUCACGUGGGCUUAUGUAUGCUUGGACAGAAUGCAGAGUCUUUUGGCCAGGUGACAGAGACAGUUCCAGCGCUCUUGCGGUCGAGCACGGUGUGGUGCUUCGGACCGCUGACGGAACGAGAGAUGAUGGCAAAGGAACACUUGCUUGUCAUGGGCAUCCCUGCCUAUGCUCAUGUAGCUGACGAAGUUGGCUUUGAGAACCCUUUACAGCAAGUGCUGACUGGUCCGAAUGCUUUGUCGAGUGCUCAAGUGAAGCGCUUGGCUGGAAACUCUAUCUGCAUACCUGUUUUCGGCCACCUGUUGGUCUUUGUGCUCUCGUGCCUUCGUCGUGGCGACAGCUCUGUUCAGGAUGACGGUGACGUGUAG